AUGUCAGAUGAAGGGAACAGCCAUUUUGAAAACUCAGUUAUUUUGAAGGCCUUCCUGAAUUUUUCGUUGGUUACUCCAUAUAUUAUUGGAUUCAGAGACGAGUUUACGUACAUGAGGUACUUGGAUAUGAACCACAAUCUCCAAGCUCCAAAGUUUUUAAACAUGUUUUAUAGAAAUGUGGAUAUUACUGGUCUUUAA